AACAUCCCCUCUAAACUCCUCAGAUGGUUUCAUUUAAAUACAUUUUUGGUCAAUUUAGUUUUUUCGUCAUUGUCACACAUCAUUUAACUGAGGAGGCUUUACACAACAUAUGAAACUGUCUAUUCAGAUAAGGAAAAACUCCCCAUGAAACCCCCUUUAACAGGGAGAAAAUGGAAGAAACCUUGGGAAAAGCAACAGAGAGAUCUACCCCCUCCCCCUCCAUGGACAGACAGUUAUGUGCAAGACAUGUGCAAGAAAUGAUGUGUGUACAGAAUAGACUAAAACAGAAAUAUUACAAAAUGUAAAGUAAGGAUGACACUAUUACAGACAGGCUAAAUGACAUGCAUAAAGUAUAUAGACUGAAGAUGUGGAACAACUUUCGGGUGCUGCCAAAAUGAUAAAACUUAAGCCACAAAAAGGGCAAACUCUAAAAUUUAACCUAAGGAUAUGGCAAAAAAAAACCUUUGUGUAGCAGAAAUUUGUUUUUCCUUCCUUCCUAAACCACUAAGCAGCUCACAACCUUGUAGAUUUAUCUUGUGACCCUUUAGAGACACAUAUAAACUAGUUAAAUUUAUAGCUCCCACUGGAGCAGCUCCAGCAGUAAAAUGCUGCUUAAGCACUGCUGCCUUGCAAUCUAAUGUCAAUAAUAUAUCAGUUAUCACUCAAUUAUCAGGAGCCUUCUUUCCUGGGCUAGUACCCUGCGUUCUUUUAAGGUUGUUUAACCUCUUGUUGGUUCCCAGGUAGGCCUCUUACUGCAUUAGUACCUUUGCCUAAAAGAGCUUACUCUGUGGGCGACAAUGAACUUCAAUCUACGAAUAAAAUCAAUAAGUACUCGAAAGCAUGAGGGCUCAACAACGUGUUGCUUCUGUCUUAUAAACGUGUUCAGAAGGGACUUAGUCAUUGGUCCAACAUCCGCUUGUCCCACCCCCGAACAUAUAUGGCCAUCUGAUUGGCUUUACUGGAAGCUCGAGCAGUGGGCUGAUGGCUCGACUGAUGAAUAUUCAUGACACCGGUUCUCUCAGUUCAGGCCUCACCCUGAAUGUCUCUGUGUGUGGCUCAUCGGAACAGAAUGUUUGUAAUGUAACGUUAGACUUUUAUUUCACCGGAAGCCGAACCAUACUGUUCACUCACAGGACAGCAAAUUGCACGGUCAGUUGGAUCCAGUUACCACUUCAGUGGAAGAACUUGACAAACAGGUACUGGGACCGCCUUUGAAGUAUAAAGGCGCAGCAGUCUCUCCUGAAACCAUAAGAACUGUGCCAAACCACCAGCGCGGAUUGCCCGGUUUCCGCUGCAGCAUUAAGACGACCAGUCCAGAAUUAAAGCUGGGAGCUCACACGGGAAUAAACAAGACAAGGAACACGGGCCUCUGCUUUCACAUCUGUUCCUGAAAAGAGAAAUCCCGCCAAGAUGAUGAUGAUGCAGCUGAUGGAGACCCCCAACCAGAAAAAUUCCCUCUUCAACGCCAUGAACCGCUUUAUUGGCGCCGUCAACAACAUGGACCAGACGGUUAUGGUACCGAACCUGCUGCGGGAUGUCCCGCUGGAUGAGGAGAGGGAGAUGAGCUCCGUGAAAUCGGAUGUGGACGAGGGGGACAUGUACAGCUACUACCAGCUGCUAAAGUCCAUCCGCCGGGACAUCGAGUGGGGUGUCCGGGGCGCCGCAGCUGAUGAGAAGCGCAAGGAGAGCAUGGAGAUCAUCCGUAGGAACUCGUCCGUAUCCGCCUCCUCCUCCGUAUCAGGAUCAUCCGAGGAGGACGAAGAGGAUGACGAGGAUUUGGCGAAGCAGUUCCAAUACCAUCUGACCGGGCUGCAAGAGGUGCUGUCCAAGCUCACACAGCAGGCCAACUGUCUCACCAAGCGCUACAAACAGGAGAUUGGCAUCGGAGGAUGGGGCCAGUAAACUCGGAUCCUUCAGGAACUGAAAAACCUGGAUUAUUAUAUGGGACAGGCGGACAUCUCUCAAUAGCCUUUAUGAAUGCUGCUGCUACUACCAAUGGCAUAAUGGGCACACAUUUGAAUGGUAGAAUAAAGGGCAUCUUAUUUCUGUGUUGGUCUGCUCUGUGGAAGAGACUGUAGAUGUGUUGAUCUCGAAGAAAGCAUUUGUGUACUUAACACCAAACUCUCUUAUUUUGCACUCCAAAGUGUUAUACACGACAUGCUUUCAGUGAUACACAGAUGAAACGUAUUUAAACCUUUAUUUAAUGUAUAAUUUAUUACCUCAUGCUGUAUGUCUGACAGAGCCAGAUACUAUUUCAAAGUUGGAGAAGAAAUGAACUGUAUGAAAUACAGGACCUGUCGUUUGAACCGCCCUUCUGAGGGGGAAUCUGACAAAAGAUUUAGCUUCCUCUCUGUGUUGCUACUGAUGUUAGUGUGUUCAGAUAUAUUUGUCUGCGUAUGACCAGUGCUACCUUCUAUCUGAUAUGUCUGUGUCUUUAAAUAGUUUGUGAAUGGAAGGAGGCAGAUAGUUGCCUAUGAGCUCCUAAUAUCCAAAUGGUCAAUGAACUGGAAUCAUCUGAUAAUUCUUCCUUGUAGAGAAUGAGAGAUUCCAUGAGAUGCAUUUUUGUUUUUGUCACUUAUUAGCAAUUAUCCAGAUAUUACUGGAUAUUACUGUCAGAAUGAGCAAAUUCUUUUGAAUGUACCGUCUGCACCACUUUUGU